AUGAAGUCAACUUCCCUGUUCAGUGCUGUUCUCCUGGGGGCAACAGUAGCUUCUAGCGCAAUUCUUUCCCGCGACUCUGGGCCAUCGUUCUCGCCAAAGGAGCCAGAGGAUCCCAUCAUCCUCUUGAGCAAGGAUGAAAGCUUCCAUUUCGAGCUGCUCUUCACCCUCGGAAAUACCAUGUUCGGGGCUGGCGACGUCAACGACGUCUUGGCCGCAGCGAAAGACGUCAAGGCCGGGAAUUUCACCAGCUGGCUUGAGACCUUCCACGCGUUGGCUCAAUCCACCAAAAAGCAAGCCGAGGAUGCGGACAAUGCGUAUGAUCCAUUGAACGUCCGGGAAGCCUGGUUCGCUACAUCGAGCUACUACCGUCAGGCCGACUUCUACAACCAUGCGAACUGGACGGACCCACGUAUCAAUGGCUUCUGGCUCGAGCAACGCGCUGCGUUUGAUAAGGCGCUUGCUACACUGCCCGUUCCUGGCGUACGUAUCCAGAUCCCGACAGACAACUUCACCAUCGAAGCAAUCUGGUACACAUCUGCAGCCGACGGGGUCAAACGGCCAACCUUGAUUAUCGGCAACGGAUACGAUGCUAGCCAGGAAGACUCCUACCACUCGUUCGUUGUACCAGCCUUGGCCCGUGGCUGGAAUGUUAUGACCUACGAAGGGCCAGGGCAGCCCACUGUUCGCCGCAAUGAUGACAUUGGUUUCAUCCCUGAUUGGGAGAAGGUUCUCACGCCAGUGAUAGACGAGUUGAUGAAUCUCAAAGGCUGCUUCGUCGAUGAAGACCGGCUGGUCCUUGUUGGCGUUUCAAUGGGUGGGUAUCUAGCCGCUCGUGCCGCCGCGUUUGAGCCUCGGAUCAAGGCUCUUAUUCUCAAUGGUGGCGUGUGGGAUGUCUACGAGGGAUACGCCAGUCAGCUGACCCCGGACAUGAAGGAACUCCUGGCUGCGGGCAAGCAAGAGGAAUUUGACGAGGCUGCCUUGCCGCUCUUGGAUAGCCCACAGGUGCCUACAACGAUGCGCUGGGGUCUAGGACACGGAUUGUGGUGCUUCAAACAGCAUUCCCCGUAUCUGUGGCUCGAAUCGCUCAAGCAGUACACUCUUGAUAACGUGGUUGAGAAGAUCAACGUACCCGUCCUUGUCGUCGAUUCCGAGUUCGAGGGGUUCUUCGCUGGCCAGCCGGAGCUUGUUAAGGACGCACUCGGCGAUAAUGCAACUUAUAAGUUCUUUAAUAGAACAGCUGGGUAUCACGUCCAAGUUGGAGCUGGGCAGGAAUGGAAUAGAUACCAGUUUGCCUGGCUCAAUAAGACACUAGGAAUUAACCAUUUCUUGCCCGAAAAAACAGGCUCUUUAUCUCUCCCUAUCGAAUGGAAAGAAAGCCAGCAGUUCCCGUAUCUCAGUGCGGUAGUCAAGGAGACUUUCCGCCUCCAUCCGCCUAGGGGCUUUCUUCUAGAAUGGUUCGUCCCAGAUGGAGGGCUUCAGUUACCAGACGGGCCUUUUCAUCCAUCUAUAUUUGGCGACGAUUUGGAAUCGCUCGAUCCCGAUAGGUGGCUCCAGAGAUUCGACGAGUCUGAGGACGACUUCAACACCAGAAGGUCACGCAUGAUCAGUGCGUCUCUCACUUUCGGUGCUGGGCCACGGACCUGCAUCGGCAAAAACCUCAGUUUGCUUGAGAUUUACAAGAAUAUUUCAACUCUUCUACUCAAGUAUUAG